AUGAAGGAGCUUGACCGCGUCCACAAAGUUAUACCCAAGUCCGAGGCCCUGACCUUUUUGGAUAUCUGCUGUUGCCCUGGCGGUUUCUCCCAAUACAUCCUCCAGGUAAACCAUUUGGCCAAUGGCAACGGUCUGUCCCUUUCACCCCCAGCUGGUUAUCAACUAUCAAUCAAGGAGCACGAAUUCGACCGCUUUCAAGUCGCCUACCAAGAUAUCACCCGAUACGACUUCUACACGGACUAUAUGUCACUGUCGGAUCACGAACUCGCCACACUCCCUACCCCACUUAACACCCUCGACCUCUGUCCGCUCCCGGCUGUUGCACUUCAGGACUUCAUCAUCGCAGACGGCCAAGUCCUUCGCGACUACAACGUUCGGGGAGCUGAAUCUUUUCCGAGUCACCCAGCAGGGUUCGGUCCAUAUUCUGCGCUAUUGUACGCGCAGCUAGUUAUUGGGCUCAUCUUCCUUCGGCCUGGAGGAACAUUCGUAUUCAGGACCACACAUUGCGAUCGUUACCACACCAUGAACCUCAUUCAGAAGAUGCAAGCCAUCUCUUCUGUGAAGUGCUUCAAGCCUACUAAAUGCUGGUCCGACCGUUCGUCAUUCUACGUUAUCGCUAAACGCGUGCGCACAAAUUCGCCGGAGUGUGCUGAGCUUGUGAGGACGUGGGUGCAGUAUAUAUAUUAUACAACGACGAGAAAUGAGAUCCCGAAGGAGUUGAGUGAGGAGUAUGGGUCAGAGAGGGAGCAGGAAGCUAUCAGGCGGGGGGAGAUAAGUCAAUUGGUGCCAAUACUGAAGAAGAUUUGGAAGGUGCAAGCGGAUGGGAUGGAAUGGAAGCUGCAGAAACGGUCGGGGUGGAGACGCGGUAAGGCGUUUAAAGCUUGA